AUGGACAAGCACCGCGGUCACUUGACUGAGAAGAUACUGCACCUCACCUUGGAGUUCAUCCACCAGCUGACCGGAGAGAAUUAUAUUGCUUUCAAGCUGUCUGAUGGCUGUGUUGCGCCCAACCUGAGAAAGAUGCAGAACCCCUUUUUGGAUCCCCCACCUCCCUCUCUGACACCUGAGAGAAAUGAUGAGAAGAAGAUCCUAGAAAAUUAUAUUGCUUUCAAGCUGUCUGAUGGCUGUGUUGCGCCCAACCUGAGAAAGAUGCAGAACCCCUUUUUGGAUCCCCCACCUCCCUCUCUGACACCUGAGAGAAAUGAUGAGAAGAAGAUCCUAGAAGAACAUCAUGAGAUCCCUCAGGCUCGUCCUCUGUACUCCCGGGAUUCCACACAGGAACAUCAGGAGAUCCUUCAGACCGGUCCUCUGUGCUUCCGGGAUUCCACACAGGAACAUCAGGAGAUCCCUCAGACCCGUUCUUUGUCCUCCCAGGACUCCACACAGGAACAUCAGGAGAUCCCUCAGGCCCGUUCUUUGUCCUCGCAGGACUCCACACAGGAACAUCAUGAGAUCCCUAAGGACCAUCAGGAUGAAACUCUGACUGAAAAUGAGGCUGAAGUCGUUAAUGACAAAGAGGAGACAUGUGUCAGGGAGGAUCAGAAAAGUAAGACCAUUCCUCCAGAGACCAGCACAGAUGGUCAGAAUGAUGGGAAUAUCUCAGAAGAGCUUAUCAAGUCAGGUCCAGGGUGUGAAACACAAGAUGGAGUCAUGACAGAGGUUAAUGCAGAAGAAAACCCUAUCACCCCAGAUACGACCUCUCCAACCCCGACAAGGUCACCACAGUCCAAGGAAUGUCCAGUAGAGACUGUAGAAGCUGCAGCAAAUAACAUGGCUGGUGGAAGUAGCAAUGGGCUUGCCCUGGCUGACAUGAGCGGUGGCGUUCCAGGUAACCCUAGUCGGGCCGACCACCAGGCUGGAGACUCCACAGAUAAACCAUUUCCUUUGUCUGAGGGUGGGAAGCGUUUGGGACAUGUGUCACAUCUUCGGAAACGCCAGAAAGUUCAAGACAUUGGCAGCCCAGAUCCAGGCCCUGAAAAUGUUGAAGGUCCAGCUUGUGGAGAGGAGAAUGUUGAGGCAGAAGAAAAGCCAUUUUCCUGCCCUGACUGCGGAAAGCGUUUUGCGCGCAGGCCGUAUCUAAGGGAACAUCGGAAAAUCCACACGGGCGAUAGGCCCUUCCAUUGUUUGGAAUGUAGAAGACGCUUCUCAAAGAGAGGGUCUCUCCAGAAGCACCUUCUCAUUCACACCGGGGAGCGUCCUUUUCCUUGCCUCGAAUGCGGCCGAUCGUUUGCCCUCAAACAACAUCUCAUGAACCACCAACGGACCCACACAGGAGAAAAACCCUUUCCAUGCUCCCAAUGUGGCAGAUGUUUUUCCAGCCGAAAAGGAUUGCUCCGCCGCCACCAGAAGGUCCACUCCGGGGAGAAGCCAUUCUCCUGCACGUACUGCGAAAGACGCUUCGCCUGGAAGUCCAACCUGACGGCCCACGUCAUGAGCCACACGGGGCGAAAACCGCACAGCUGCGGCGAGUGCGGAAAGUGCUUCGUCGCCAAUUCACACCUGGUAGAGCACAAGAGGAGCCACACGCAGGAGAAACCGUAUCCGUGCUCGGAGUGUGGGAAAGGCUUCAUCAGCAAGUCGCAGAUGGUGAAGCACCAGAGGAAGCACAGCGGCCACCUGGCGUUCCUCUGCUCCGUUUGUGGGAAGAGCUUUACCGACAAGUCAGUGCUGGUCAUCCACCAGCGGACUCAUACCGGAGAGAAGCCGUAUGCAUGCUCCGUGUGUGGGAAAUGCUUCACCACGGCCACCAACCUUCUAGUUCAUGAGAGGAUUCACUCGGGGGAGAAGCCGUAUUCGUGCUCAGAGUGCCAGCGAUCGUUCAUCCAUAAGUCGGACCUCAUGAAGCACCAGAAGAUCCAUACUGGGGAAAAGGCUUUUGCCUGCUCGGCGUGCGGGAAAUGCUUCAGGGUCAAGUCGGGGCUGACAAGACACGAGAAGACGCACACAGGGGAAAAGCCCUUCUCGUGCAUAAUAUGCGGGAAACGCUUCACCUGCAAGUCCCACCUCCUGUCCCACCACCGCGUCCACACCGGCGAGAAGCCCUUCCCCUGCAAUGAGUGCGAAAAAUGGUUCACCAGCAACUCGGACCUCGUCCGGCACCAGCGCAUCCACACGGGGGAGAGACCCUACGCCUGCAGUGCGUGCGGGAAACGAUUCACUUUCCAGUCCGCCUUGGUGCGGCACGUGCGGAUUCACACCGGCGAGAGGCCGUACUCCUGCGAGAAGUGCGGCAAAUGCUUUGUCAGUAACUCGGACCACGUCCAGCACCAAAAAACGCACAGGGGGGACGCACCGUACAUCUGUCAGGACUGCGGGAAGGCCUUCACCCGGCUCUCCCACUUCAUCAUCCACCGGCGGAUCCACUCGGGCGAGAAGCCCUUCCAGUGCUCAGAGUGCGGCAAGAGCUUCUCCUGCAACUCGUACCUGGUGAAGCACCAGCGCAGCCACACCGGCGAGCGGCCGUACUGCUGCGGCGAGUGCGGCAAGCAGUUCAACCAGAGCUCCAACCUCUUCAAGCACCAGAAGACCCACACGGGCCACAAGCCCUUCGUGUGCGACCUGUGCGGCAAGUCCUUCACGCAGAAGUCCCACCUGGUCAUCCACCAGAUCGUCCACACGGGGGAGAAGCGCUUCCCCUGCUCGGAGUGCGGCAAGUGCUUCAGCAACAACGCCCGGCUGGUGGCGCACGUGCGGGUCCACACGGGCGAGAAGCCGUUCGGCUGCCCGUUGUGCGACAAGCGGUUCACGCAGAAGUCCCACCUGGCCAAGCACCACAUCGUCCACACGGGGCAGAAGCCGUUCAGCUGCGGCCAGUGCGGGAAGAGCUUCAUCAGCAACAGCCACCUGGUCAUUCACCAGCGCUCCCAUUCCGGGGAGAAGCCGUACUCCUGCGCGCAGUGCGACAAGCGCUUCACCCAGAAGUCCGACCUGGUGCGCCACGAGAAGAUCCACGCCGGCGACCGGCCCUUCGCCUGCCCCACCUGCGGCAAGCGGUUCCUGUGUAAGACCGACCUUCCCUCCCGCAAAAAAACCCACCUGGGCAAAAAACUCUUUACGUGCGAGGAAUGCGGUAAGUCUUUAACUCGAAAGGAGAACCUGGUUUCUCACCGGCGCAUUCACUCGGGAGAGAAGCCCUUCUCGUGUGCCGAGUGUGGCAAGUCGUUCAAGAAGAACUCUCACCUUUUCAAACACCGACAGAUCCAUUCGGGGAAGAAGCCCUUCUCCUGCUCUGAAUGCGGCAAAAGCUUCGCCUGGAAGGGAGACUUGGUUGUCCACCAGCGUAUCCACAGCGGGCUGAAGCCCUAUGUCUGUUCGGAGUGUGGGAAAGGGUUUUCCAUUAAGUCUUAUUUGGUGAAGCACCAGAGAACACACACCGGGGAGCGUCCGUACUCCUGCUCUGAGUGCGGGAAGACAUUUGGCUCCCGGUCCAACCUCAUGCUACAUCAUAAGGCCCAUUCGGGGCAGAAGCCGUAUACCUGUUCGGAGUGCGGCAAGAAUUUCACCUGGAAGUCGGAAAUGGUGAACCACCAACGGGUCCACACUGGCGAGAAGCCUUAUACCUGCCCCGAGUGUGGAAAGAGUUUCUCCAGCCAGUCCUAUUACAUCAAGCACCUCAGAAUCCACACUGGCGAAAAGCCUUACCCGUGCACCGAGUGUGGCAAGAGUUUCUACACUAGCUCCAACCUUGUCAUUCAUCAGAGGAGCCACACCGGGCUGAAGCCAUACACCUGUGAGGAGUGUGGACGGUGCUUCGCCUGGAGGGCCGACCUGGUGAAACAUCGGAGGUGGCACACGGGCGAGAAGCCUUUCCAGUGCCCAGAGUGCAAGAUCGGUUUCACCACAAAGACGGACCUGAACAGCCAUUGGAAAACCCAUACAGGGGAAAAGCCUUAUUCCUGCGGGGAGUGUGGGAGGGCCUUCGUCCAGAUGGCUCGCCUCCUCAGGCACCAGCUGAAACAUGCCAAGGAAGGACGGUUCCCUUGUCCGGACUGUGGCAAAUCCUUCAACUACAGAGCCAAACUCCUCUCACACCAGAUAACGCACACGCACGAAAAGGCGUUUUCCUGCGACGAGUGCGGCAGGCGGUUCGCGCACAAGACCAGCCUCAUAGACCAUCAAAAGAUCCAUACCGGGGAAAAGCCUUAUUCCUGUUCCUACUGCGGAAAAAGCUUCAUCCAGAAGUCAAAGAUGACCCGUCACCAACGCAUCCACACCGGGGAAAGACCCUACGCCUGUGCGGAGUGCGGCCGGUGUUUCGCCUACAGGUCAAACCUCAUCGAGCACCAGCGGAUCCACACAGGCGAGAUGUUGUACCCUUGUGCCGAAUGCGGCAAGUGCUUCACGCACAAGACGAAAGUCAUUGCCCAUCAGAAAGUCCACUCGGGAGAGAAGCCUUACUCCUGCUCCGACUGUGGGAAGAACUUCGGCCACAAGUUCAACCUCCUGGAACACCAGAAGACUCACACGGGGGAAAAGCCCUUCGAGUGCACGCUCUGCGGCAAGUUCUUUGCACGCAAGUCAAACCUUGUCGAGCACCAGAAAGUUCACACGGGGGAAAAGCCCUUCCCUUGCCCUCAGUGCGGCCAGAGGUUUGCGCACCGGUCGACACUCUCCAGCCUUGUUCUCCACCGGCGUAUCCACUCGGGGGAGAAGCCGUACUCCUGCUCCGAGUGCGGCAAACAGUUUAUCCAAAAGGCAAACUAUCUGCGACACCAGCGGCUCCACACAGGCGAGAAGCCUUACAAAUGCGCCGAGUGCGGCAAAGAGUAUGCGCAGAAACAGAGCCUGGUGAUGCAUGAGAAGUUCCACGCCGAAAACGAGCCCUUCUCUUGUCCUGAAUGCGGUGCCAAUUUUAUAAGACAGUCGCAUCUUGUCAACCACAGGAAGACUCACAGAGGCUUGCGGCGCUACACGUGCGCAGAUUGCGGGGACUUUUUCAUGCUGCGGUCCAGUCUGGUCAUUCAUCAGAGGGUCCACAGUGCAGAGAAGUCUUUUUCUAGCUGAGCAGGACAGUGGCUGGACCAUACUGGUACCACGGGCUUGGACUUGUGCUAUAAGAGGACUCUGUUCCACUGCCAUGAUUCUACAAGGGUAUGGGAAGGGUUGACACCACUUGGUGGUUUUUAGAAUCUUUAGGCGUUAUGCCUC